UUGCCGCGACGGUCACACUGCCAAAAUCGCAAUUUGAAAUACAAAUGACGCUUGGCUUCGUUAAAAAAGUAAAAUACUUACGGUGAAUGCAAGCUAAUUGUGCAUUAUUCAAACAACUUCAAUCCAUCAAUCUGCAUGGAGGGCGCCAAAUUAAGCGCAGUUCGGAUUGCGGUCCGCGAGGCGCCGUACCGCCAGUUCUUGGGGCGUCGGGAGCCCAGCGUCGUCCAGUUUCCACCAUGGAGCGACGGAAAGUCGUUAAUGGUGGAGCAGAAUGAAUUCUACUUCGAUCACGCCUUUCCCGCGACCAUUAGCCAGGAUGAGAUGUACCAGGCGCUGAUCCUGCCGCUGGUGGACAAGCUGCUCGAGGGAUUCCAGUGCACCGCACUCGCCUACGGCCAGACGGGAACGGGCAAGAGCUACUCGAUGGGCAUGACUCCUCCGGAUAAGAUACUGCCCGAGCAUCUGGGUAUUCUGCCUCGCGCCCUGAGCGACAUUUUUGAGCGCGUGACCGCCCGGCAGGAAAACAACAAGGACGCGAUUCAGGUGUACGCCUCCUUCAUAGAGAUCUACAAUGAGAAACCAUUCGAUCUGCUGGGCUCCACGCCACAUAUGCCCAUGGUGGCGGCGCGUUGCCAGCGAUGCACCUGCCUUCCAUUGCACAGCCAGGCGGAUCUGAAUCAAAUCUUGGAGCUGGGCACUGGCAAUCGACGCGUUCGUCCCACCAAUAUGAAUUCCAAUAGUUCGCGAUCCCAUGCCAUAGUCACCAUUCAUGUAAAGAGUAAAACCCAUCACUCGCGGAUGAAUAUUGUGGAUCUGGCCGGUUCGGAGGGCGUGCGGCGAACUGGGCACGAGGGCGUGGCCAGGCAGGAGGGCGUCAACAUCAAUCUGGGCCUGUUGAGCAUCAACAAGGUUGUGAUGUCCAUGGCGGCGGGACACACAGUUAUACCAUACCGCGACAGCGUCCUUACCACAGUUCUGCAGGCGUCGCUAACCGCGCAGUCGUAUCUGACCUUUCUGGCCUGCAUCAGUCCGCAUCGAUGCGAUCUCAGCGAGACGUUGUCCACCCUGCGUUUUGGCACCAGUGCCAAGAAGCUUCGCCUGAAUCCGAUGCAAGUGGCGCGCCAGAAGCAAUCGCUGGCCGCACGGACAACACACAUCCUCCGCCAAGCGCUAUGCACCUCGACGGCCAUCAAGCCCAACGCCGCCAAUCAUAACAGCCUAGUUGUUCCGAACUCCAAAUAUAGCACGACCAAGCCGCUGAGCGGCGUGCUCCAUCGAACUCGCUCCGAACUUGGCAUGACGCCCAAAGCCAAGAAAAGGGCUCGCGAGCUAUUGGAGCUGGAGGAGACCACGCUGGAACUCUCGUCCAUACACAUCACGGACAACAGCCUUAGUCUGUUGGGUUUCCAUAGCGGUAGCGAUAAGGAUAGGCAUCUAAUGCCUCCUCCAACAGGGCUUGAGACCAGACAAGCCAGCAGCCAGAACUCCACGCUAAUGGGCAUUGCCGAAGAGGCCGAGCCCAAGGAGUCGUCCAAGGUCCAACAGUCAAUUGUUGCCAACACGGUGCCCACAACUGUACGCUGCCAGCUGUUCAACACCACCAUCAGUCCCAUCAGUCUGCGGGCAUCCAACUCUCAGCGAGAACUUAGCGGCAUCCAGCCAAUGGAGGAGACAAUAGUGGCUUCGCCACAGCAGCCAUGCCUUCGUCGUUCCAUGCGUCUAGCGAAUAGCAUGCGUUCGCAGAACUACGGCGCCAUUCCCAAGGUGACGAAUUUGCGGCGCAGCACGCGGCUGGCGGGAAUCCGGGAACAUGCCACCUCCGUUGUUGUGAAAAACGAGACGGAUGCGAUACCACGCCCUCGAGGUGCAGUGCAGAAGAAACGUACGCGAAAAGUGAAACCUGCGCCCAAGGCCUGGAUGGCCAAUAAUACUAGAUGUUUUCUGGAUCUGCUCAACAAUGGAAACGUUAAGCAAUUGCAGGAGAUUCCAGGGAUCGGUCCAAAGUCCGCCUUCAGUUUGGCCUUGCACAGAUCCCGCCUGGGUUGCUUCGAGAAUCUCUUCCAAGUCAAAUCCCUGCCCAUUUGGUCGGGAAAUAAAUGGGAACGAUUUUGUCAAAUUAACUGUCUCGACACUUGAUUCAAUUACUAACUAAAUAGAAUUUCAAUUCGAAUAUAUAUAUAUAUAA